ACAGUUUCGCAAUAAUUCCUCAGAAGAAGAAAGCCAAUCUCCAAAAUGAAACUCACCAGCAUCGCCAUCAUCCUCUUCGCCGCAAUGGGCGCCAUCGCAAACCCCAUCGCAGCUGAGUCGGACGAUCUUCUUGCCCGGGACGUGCAGCUGAGUAAAUACGGUGGAGAAUGCAGCCUUGAACACAACACCUGCACAUACCGAAAGGAUGGAAAGAACCACGUCGUCAGCUGUCCUUCAGCUACGAAUUUGAGGUGCAAGACUGAUCGCCACCACUGCGAAUACGAUGAUCACCACAAGACGGUGGAUUGUCAGACUCCUGUUUGAAUUAGUUAACAGCACUCUAGGC